CUGGAUUUUUUCAGCAAUCUCACCCGGUGCGUCGAAUUUCUAACGGAACAAAACCAGGCGCACAACGUGUUUAUUACUCGAGCGCAGCCAAUUCGUACGAGCGGACCCGUGCAGGAGGAAGAUCGUGCACGUGUACGGCCACAAUACGUCACCGCCUACGUAUUCCCACGGGUAAACGCCAGCGGUGCAAAACCGCCAACAAAUUUCAAUCCUGCCGCCAAUGAGCUUGCCGGUUGCCUUACAUCCUAUACAAUACGGUUUUUCGAAUCUGCCAGUGAACAGUCUUGUGUACGGAUUAUCGAGGAAGAAGCCCAGUUAGAAAGUGAGGUAUUCCAAAAACUAGCCUUGGACUUUUCUGAUCUGCUUAGCAAUCGACCACUUGGCUCAUCA